AUGGCUUCUCCUAAUGGAGGACAUGAUCCAGCUGAAAAUGCUCUCAAAAAUACUGAAAAUGAACCAUCCAAUGCCUGUGAGGCUGAGAAAGAACUUCCACUUGGUGAUAGCAACAACAUUUCUCAGGUGGAAACCAAUGUAUCAGCCAGGGAGCCAAUCUCAUCAAGUUCCCAAGAGAAUACGGAUCUCCAGAUAGAUAACAGCAUUUCUGAAACAGAGAAGAUGCAAAGUGGUCGCCAAGAUGAAGAAUUAAUAGAAGCCUCUCUUCCACUUCAGAUACCCAUUCCUAGAAAGCUGAUCUUUCCUAGGUUAAGAUUGUUUAGAAUCAUCUAUCUCAGUAUUCCACAGCCACAAACUCAUGAAAACAAGACCUUAUAUGAUAAAAUCCUGUUCUAUCCAGGAAAAAUGGAGAUGACAAUAAGUGAUUACUUUCACAAUUCCAUCAGUGACAAGAUAUUACAUCCUCGUUUCCUGCUGUGGCUAAUUCCAUUCAUUACUAUUCAUGAGGUAAGUAGGAUGAUUAUUCGCCUGUUGUGUGGCAGAGACUUCUCUCAGCCAGAAUGUCGCCAACAUAAUACAUGGGUAAAGCAAAAAUAUGUAGCAGUUCUUGCUCAGCCAAAUUUUGUCAUCAAUAUUGAAAGGAGCAUAAUCUUUGGAAGACCUUUGAGAGUAUACUACCACCAUCAACUUAUUGAAAGAAUGACUCAUAGAAAAACUAGUAAGUCCUAUCAAAACAAGAAUGGAAACCAUCCUUCUGUGAAGCCAGGGUUCAAUAUUCCACCAUUACGAACCCAGAAUAUUGCUCAUAGAAAGGCUUUUAAAAUUAAUUUGAGAACUCGUCAUAAACUGAGGCUAGUAAUUACAACCUACAAUAAUAAUUGGAGAUAUGUAUGUCCCAUCUGUCAACGUGGUUUCAACAACUUUUAUGAUCUUAAACAUCAUUCCUGCAGCUUUUUUGGAAAUUAA